AACUGCUAACUUUACACAAAGAUCCUAUACAAUGGAUUUAUAUAUAAAAGAAGUUUACUCGUCAUAUCUAUAAAAAAAAGUAUAUAAUCAUCACAUUAAACUACUUUAUUCUGUAAAAAUUUUGUAUACACCGAAUAUUUUUCAAAAUUUAUUGGUAGGCAUUGGAUCUUCACAUAGCUGAUGUGUCAAAAUCAGGGACACUCCGAACAAUCUCUUCUCCUCUUUCUGCCCUCCCCCUCGCCCAGCAAUUAUCUAAAGGGUUUGCCAUUUUUUUUUUCUCUCUCUCUCUCUCUCUGCCAAAUUUCCCAAUUAUUCGGCUACGCCAACCAAUUUGGUUAGAGUCAGAAGAAGAUGUUGAGGGUUGCAGCAAGGAGGCUGUCUUCUCUGUCUCCGUCGUCGUCAUGGAGGCCCAACCAGGCGGCCUCGGUCCUACUUCCCCGUGAUUUAUUCUUUAACGGCGGUUAUUCCUCGUCGUCUGAUCAGCCCAGAUCUGACGGCUUCGUCUACGCCCCCUUUUUCUCCAGACCUGGCUUAUUUCACAUCCCCUUCAGAGGUUUUGCUUCCGAGUCUCUCACCCCAACAAAGGAAAACAGCAUAGUCCUGGACGUUCCUGCAACUGUGGCAGCUGUUAAGAACCCUACUUCAAAGAUAGUUUAUGAUGAGUACAACCAUGAACGUUUCCCUCCAGGCGACCCCAGCAAGCGGGCAUUUGCCUAUUUUGUUCUGACUGGUGGUAGGUUUGUUUAUGCCUCACUGAUUCGCCUCCUUAUCCUCAAGUUUGUGUUGAGCAUGUCAGCCAGUAAGGAUGUUCUUGCAAUGGCCUCGCUUGAGGUUGAUCUCUCUAGUAUUGAGCCGGGCUCUACUGUGACUGUUAAGUGGCGUGGAAAGCCAGUCUUCAUCAGGCGUCGAACUGAGGAUGAUAUAAAGCUGGCAAAUAGUGUUGAUGUUGGAUCUCUUCGAGACCCACAACCGGACUCAGAGAGGGUUAAGAAUCCUGAAUGGCUUAUCGUCGUUGGAGUCUGCACACAUCUGGGUUGCAUUCCCUUGCCAAAUGCCGGUGACUUUGGUGGAUGGUUCUGCCCAUGCCAUGGUUCCCAUUAUGACAUCUCUGGCAGGAUUCGUAAGGGGCCAGCACCAUACAAUUUGGAGGUCCCAACGUACACCUUUUUGGAAGAGAACAAGUUAAUGAUUGGUUGAGAAUCGUGGCUUGCUUUCUAGCAAAAUAUAGUUAUAUGUGAUCCCAACUUUAUUUGAUUUGAGCAGAUACUACUGAAGAUUUCUUGCAGACGUCUUUGAUUUCAGCCUCUUCCCCUCCAUGGGCAUGAUUAGAAAUGAUUUUGUAACUUGGAUAUUGUAAACUGCUACUGUUGGUGUUUCUCUGGAUUUCUUAAUAAGUUGCCUGGCCUUUGCUGAGCUUGGAUGAUUUUGACA